AUGCGACAAAAGAGCUCUUCCAACUCAGCUAUUGUUGUCGGUUUGGUUGCAGCCGUUGGUGGGUUCAUGUACGGGUACGAUACGGGGCUCAUCAAUGAUUUAUUAGAAAUGAAGUAUGUCUAUACGAAUUUCCCACGCAAUGGUUACAGUUUCACGACACACGAGAGAGCCAUCACAGUUGCCUCGCUAUCGCUAGGCACGUUCAUAGGUGCACUAAUAGCGCCCUUGACCUCAGAUAAUUAUGGGCGUAAAUUCUCGAUUAUUAUUAGUGGAGGAAUAAUUUUCAAUAUUGGUUGUAUUUUACAGAUAUGUUCGAGUGAGAUUACCUUGUUAUGUGUGGGGAGAUUUGUUGUCGGUAUUGCUGUUGGUAUACUAUCUGCUAUUGUCCCGUUGUAUCAAGCAGAGGCAUCGCCGAAAUGGGUUAGAGGUUCAGUUGUUUUCACAUACCAGUGGGCUAUUACUUGGGGUUUUUUAAUUGCAAGUGCUAUUUGUCAGGGAACUAGGAAAAUGACAAACUCGGGGUCAUAUAGGAUACCUAUUGGUGUACAAUUUCUAUGGUCUUCAACUUUGAUUAUUGGUAUGCUGUUUUUACCAGAAAGUCCUCGAUAUUUUGCACAAAAAAAUAAUAUACCAAAAGCGUUAGAGUCAUUGAGCAAACUACGACGAUUACCCGAAGACGAUGAUGAUUUGAUCGAAGAGUUAGUUGAGAUCAAGGCAAACUAUGAUUAUGAACUAUCCUUUGGUAAGACUACAAUUUGGGACUGUUUCCGAAACGGAGGUGGGCGACAUAAACAACAGUUGCGAAUGUUGACGGGAAUGGGAGUACAGUUCUUCCAGCAAUGUUCAGGAGUUAAUUUUAUUUUUUAUUACGGUGUCAACUUCUUUAGUUCAACGGGGAUUCUGAACUAUUAUAUCAUGUCGUUGAUUACUUAUGUUGUAAAUGUGAUUUUCACGAUUCCCGGUAUUAUACUAAUUGAUACAGUAGGUCGACGGCCUUUAUUGUUUUGGGGUGGUAUAGGAAUGGCAGUCUCAAACUUCAUAAUUGCCAUUGCUGGAGUAAGUGUCGAAAAUAAACACGUUAAUGGUGCAUUGUGUGUUUCAUUUUCAUGUGUCUUUAUAUUAUUUUUUGCCAGCACUUGGGGUGGUUGUACAUGGGCCUUGUGUUCGGAUAUUUACAGUAUUUCCAUUAGACAAAAAGCCGUCUCCAUUACAGCUGCCACGAACUGGUUGGUCAACUUUGUUUUUGCAUAUAUUACUCCCUAUUUGAUUGAUACAGGAGCACAUACUGCUGCAUUGGGAAGCAAGAUAUUUUUCAUGUGGGGAGGCUUGAAUAUCUUUGGUACUUUAUUUGUUUAUUUAACAGUUUACGAAACAAAGGGCUUGAAAUUGGAGGAGGUGGAUUACAUGUAUGCACAUUGUAAUAAUCCAAGAACAUCAUCAAAGUUCAAAUCAACAAAGAUAAAUUAUAACCAAUUAGAUGCUGACUACAAUCCAAUUAUCCCUGUCCCAGUUCCUCCUCCAGCUCCUGCACCCAUGUCCGCUUCGUCAAAUGACUUAUCGCCGAAUGAAAAAGACCAGGAUCAUGAAGAAAGUAACCCAUCAAUCCAUAAUGAAAGAAUCAAUUUCCAAGACAAUAAUACCAAUGAUUUAAUGAUAAUACCAUAUAAUAAUAAUAUCUCACCAACAUCAAGCACAACGUAUUCACUGGAUGAUGAUGAUGACGACGAAGAGCGCAGAGGAGGUAUGGGUAUAUCGAGGCGCAAACUGUCGCUCAACUCCAAUAUCACAUCCAUCAACUCAUCAAAUGCAACAAAACAAGCUACGUCUCAAGUAAGUAAUGAUUACCAGAUCUAUCUUGAGUCACUUAAGCAGCAGUACUUUCAGAAUUACAAUAAAUCACAAUGUAUGAAUGAGCAUAUAUUGUCGAAUGGAUCACUGGAGAAUAAUAUUUUAGGCGACUGUCAAAUACCGAUGGAGGAGUACAAGCCAGGUUUGGAAUAUGUUGAUGAGAUUCAGCAGAAUAAUCUACAGCAGCAACAACAACAACAACAACAGCAACAGCAACAGCAGCAGCAGCGGCAGCAACAGGAGAAGGUGUAUGUGGGUGAAGAUGGUCUUGAUAAGAUCCCUACCACAAUUAUUGCGGCUCCAUUUUUUAACGAACCACCUUCUGAUUCCGAUUCUGAUUCUGGGUCUGGUAUAACCGAGAAUGAAUGA